AUGCCUGGGGCGUUCUCUGCGGCCAAGGCGUAUACCAUUGGUGCAAUAUGUGAAGGAAUCCUUCAUGCGGCUUAUACCGCCAUCUUUGGUCUGGUCAUCUUCCUACUCCUCCGUACCCAUUCGUGGUCCGCAGUGAACAAGACACUCAUAUGCUCCACUGUCCUCAUAUACCUGCUCUCCACGGCACAUUUAGCUUUGACGUGCUUUCAAGCUCUACAAACGCAUCGAGACACGGAAGGGAUACUAACGGACCCAAGCGCCCCGAGAAACUACGUCCAGUACAUCAUCGAAGGCAUCACCUACAUCUGUGCUGAUAGCGUCAUUAUCUGGAGAACGUGGAUCAUCUGGGGCCGUCGCUGGUGGGCCUUCGCCGUCCCUGGCCUGCUCGUUUGCGGGACAAUAGGCAUGUUCUCUUCUCCGCUACUGCCAUCCGGGAUCGGAUACGUGUGGCAGAUGUCGAUCGCCACCAACGUCCUGAUUCUGCAUGAUGAGGCCAUGGUCCGCUGGGGGAUACUGUUCUCGGCAUUCACCUUGGGGACCAACGUUGUGGUUAUGUUAUUGAUCGCGCUUCGCGCAUGGGUCCACCACAAGGAGGUACACGAGACGCUCUCCGACUCCGGCUCUACGACGAUCCGGUUGCUCAUCUUAAUCACCGAGAGCGGCCUCUGGUACUGUCUGGUUUGGGUGGUCUACGUCGCUGUACGAGUAGGGACGUCAAGCAACGGCGAAUACAUCGUCCAGAGUAUGCUCGCGCAGCUGACGGGGAUCUACCCGUCCUGCGUCGUGGUCUUCGUCUAUCUGCGGUAUUCGCGACGACCCAUGGAACAGCUAUCCACCAGCUCGAGGCUACCGGAUUUUCGUCGAUUGACCGGCAUGACGGCCGGAGGCUCGUACAGAAACGUCACCGUCUUGGGGUCGGCGGUAGCAUCAUUCCUGGCCGACGGUGAUGACGACCCGGAGAAACCCAGGCGGCAAGAUAAUGCAUAGCAAGAGCAGAACCCGACAAACAGCUGAUGUACACAUAUUGUUACAGCAUGCUAUACCAUUCCUAUUU